AAGGAAAAAGCGCCCUCUCUCUCUCUCUCUCUCUCACACACACACACACUGCGACUGAAAAGGAGAAGAGAGGAAAAACCCAGAAAAAGGGAGAAAAGCGAAAGUUUGCGGGUGAAAGCGCGGAGAGAAACUCGACCUCAUCAUCGCUGGAUGGAGAAGUUGUUGUUUUAGGAGCUGAUUGCUGACGUCAUAUUGUCCUUUUAAAAUAAAUAGUUUUGAAAUAAAAUAAAAAAAGAAACAAAGAGGAGCAAAAAUGCCGAAAACGAUCAGUGUUCGUGUGACUACGAUGGAUGCGGAGCUGGAGUUCGCCAUCCUGCACAGCACCACCGGCAAACAGCUUUUUGAUCAGGUGGUGAAGACCAUCGGCCUGAGGGAGGUUUGGUUUUUUGGCCUGCAGUACCAGGACACCAAGGGCUUCCCAACCUGGCUCAAACUCAACAAGAAGGUGACCGCGCAGGAUGUGCGUAAGGAGAGCCCGCUGUUGUUUAAGUUUCGGGCGAAGUUUUACCCAGAGGACGUCUCUGAGGAGCUCAUCCAGGAGGCCACGCAGAGACUCUUCUUUCUGCAGGUGAAGGAGGGAAUUCUGAAUGAUGAUAUCUACUGCCCCCCUGAGACCGCCGUGUUACUCGCCUCGUAUGCCGUACAGGCCAAAUACACCGACUACAACAAGGAUGUACACACACCUGGAUACCUGUCCAGUGACAAGCUCCUCCCCCAGAGAGUGUUGGAGCAGCACAAGCUGAAUAAGGAACAGUGGGAGGAGCGAAUUCAGGUGUGGCAUGAGGAACACAAGGGCAUGCUCAGGGAGGACUCGAUGAUGGAGUACCUGAAGAUCGCUCAGGAUCUGGAGAUGUACGGCGUGAACUACUUCAGCAUUAAGAAUAAGAAAGGCACGGAGCUGUGGCUGGGCGUGGAUGCACUCGGACUCAACAUCUACGAACAAAACGACAAGAUGACGCCGAAGAUCGGUUUCCCAUGGAGCGAAAUAAGAAACAUCUCCUUCAACGACAAGAAGUUCGUCAUCAAACCCAUCGAUAAGAAAGCACCGGACUUCGUGUUCUACGCCCCUCGUCUGCGCAUUAAUAAGCGCAUCCUGGCCCUGUGUAUGGGGAACCACGAGCUGUACAUGCGGCGCAGGAAACCCGACACCAUCGAGGUGCAGCAGAUGAAGGCGCAGGCCAAAGAGGAGAAAAACCACAAGAAGAUGGAGAGGGCCCUGCUGGAGAACGAGAAGAAGAAGAGAGAGCAGGCAGAGAAGGAGAAGGAGAAGAUUGAGAAGGAGAAGGAAGAGCUGAUGGAGAGACUGAAACAGAUCGAAGAGCAGACCAAGAAAGCUCAACAAGAGCUGGAAGAGCAGACCCGCAAAGCGUUGGAGCUCGAGCAGGAGAGGAAGAAAGCACAAGAGGAGGCGGAGCGUCUGGAUAAAGAGAGACGGCUUGCGGAGGAGGCCAAACUCACUCUGCUGCAGCAGGCUGAGAACCAGAUGAAGAACCAGGAACACCUGGCCACCGAGUUGGCAGAGCUUACCUCGAAGAUCUCUCUGCUAGAGGAUGCUAAGAAGAAGAAGGAAGAGGAAGCCUCACUGUGGCAGCAGAAGGCCAUCGUGGUUCAGGAGGACCUGGAGAAAACGAAGGAGGAGCUGAAGAACACGGUGACGGCGGCUCAUGUGCAGGAACCUGUUCAUGGAGAGAGUGAUCAUGACGAGAGUGAUGAGAGCAGUGCAGAAGCCAGUGCUGAACUCACCAACGCUGCUGCGUACAAGGACCGCAGCGAGGAGGAGCGCAUGACCGAGGCCGAGAAAAACGAACGAGUGCAGAAACACCUGCAGGCUCUGAGCACGGAGCUGGCUAACGCUCGUGACGAGACGAAGAAAACGCAGAACGACAUCAUCCAUGCAGAGAACGUGCGAGCCGGGCGUGACAAAUACAAAACGCUGCGGCAGAUCCGUUCUGGAAACACCAAACAGCGUAUCGAUGAGUUCGAGUGCAUGUAAACGCCCAUUCACCACGAGCGGCCAGCAGGGGGAGCCACAACCUGCCCACAAUUCCACAGCUCUCAACACCAAGCACAAGCUACAAAUUAGAGUGAAAACGGGAAAUAUAGCAAACAUUUUUGGGGCGACUGUAUCUUUAUAAGGGAGAUUACACAUCUUUUGGAAUUUGUAAAUUUUUUUUGACCUUUAUAAUAAUAUAUAUGAACAUAUAUAAUCUAUAUUUUUGAAACUGCAUGAUGGUUUUCAGAUCAGUUCUGUAGUUCUACUGAGUUGAGGUUAGUUCACUGAUUCUGUAGAUCACAUUCCCGACACAAAAAGUUCGUAAUUUGUAAUAACGAGUACGAGUCGCUUUUACAGUGCCAUUUUCUAUACCAAGUGCCGUUAAUGUUAUAUUUUUCACUUCUUUUUUUUUUCUUGGUAUACUGAUGUAUAUAAUAACUUUAUCUGAUACACUGAAGUUAUUAUUUACAGUCAGUGCCGUGAUGACAUGAUGACGAAGCAGCAUGUUUGCAGUUUAAUUUUUCUUCUUCCACUUUAUACCUCUUUUCAAAAAAAGGGCUUUUUAAAAAGUCUUGUAGCAAAUUUUUUUUUUUUUAAAUUGUGACUAUUAUUUCGCACAACGUAAACAGGAUGAUUAUUUCUGAUUUAAUUUUUGGCUAAUUCAAUGAUAUAUUUAAUUAUAUAUCGUCAUACUUAUGUACAUCAUCAUCAUCAGCACAGCCCUGGCCUUCACUUGUGCCAAAUCAUUUUUGCACCAGUUCUCAUUGAUAUAAAUUGCACGUAUGUGUGUGUGAGUGGUCCCCACUGAUGCCCUCCCGCCCCUGACACCAGCGCAGGUCUGUGGACGCUCCCUGCAUUCGCCAACACAAUCAAAGCAAAAUAUAAAACUGUAAUUUUUUCAACAGUACUUGUUAUUUUAUCUUAUUCUCAUGUUCAGCUUUUGAUUUUUUUUAAGACAUUGAAACUUUGCAGUAUUAUUUUGAAAAAAAUCUGUAUUAGAAAAAACACACACUUAAGAGCAGAGCUGCGUUUGUUUUUUUCCCUUGUUGUAGAUUUUAGCAUCAGUUAGCGAGUGUGUGCUAUUUAUACACGAUGCCUCUUUAAUACGUUUCCGUCGUUCUGUUGUUGAACGCAGCAAGCUGCUGCACUGAAGCAAUAUGUUUAUUUUAUCUCGGGUUUAUUCUUUAGCUCUCGGAUAAUCACGACUGUUAUUGAUAUGUAAGAGAUAGAGAUCUUGAAUUAGCUGAUCUUCUGUUUGCCGCUCCACUCUGCAGGUGCCAUGUGCCUUCUGUUUAGCCAAUCAAGAACAAGGAUAUCUGCUUGAAAUGUCUUCAUUUAAACUGAAAAUAAAGUAUUACAAAAACA